AUGGCUAAUUCUCUUUCAACACCACUCCCUUCAUCUCAAAUUCCACCAUCCAUCACACCUUUGUUUGAUGCCAUUGAGAUUCAGACUCAAAGCAUCCCCUCUCACAAACACAUUAAAAAGAGUACAACUUCCACAAUGGCUGUGUCUGAACCACCUAAAUUGGUUAUCCCACAAACAGCUGAGGAGAAACAUGAUAUGAAGAAGUUUGGCAAGCCUACUCCAAGACAAAAGCCAACUCAAAAGCCAGAGCCUGAAAAUAAGUCUUCUGCAACCUCUGCUGAAACAUCGGUCAAAGAAAAAGAAAAGGGAAUUGAAGAAACCCUGAACAUUCAAGCAGAUGAAGAGGCUGCAAACAAAAAGACUAUCCAAAAUCAGAAUGCAACAAAGGAAAGGAUUUGGAAGAGGGAACAAAAGGAAUUAAGAAUUAGGAGAUAA